GCCCAGUGUGAGCCUCUACCUGAGCCAGGACGAGGUGCGCCGGCUGAUCGGUCUUGAAGCAGAGCUUUAUUAUGUGAGGAACGACCUUAUUAGUCAUUACGCUCUAUCUUUUAACCUGUUAGUACCCAGUGAAACAAAUUUCCUGCACUUCACUUGGCAUGCAAAAUCCAAGGUUGAAUAUAAGCUGGGAUUUCAAGUAGACAAUUUUGUAGCAAUGGACAUGCCCCAGGUCAACAUUUCUGCUCAAGGGGAAGUUCCACGUACUUUAUCAGUGUUUCGAGUUGAACUCUCCUGUACUGGCAAAGUAGAUUCUGAGGUUAUGAUUCUCAUGCAGCUCAACUUGACAGUAAAUUCUUCAAAAAAUUUUACAGUCUUGAAUUUUAAACGAAGGAAAAUGUGCUACAAAAAAUUUGAAGAAGUGAAAACUUCAGCUUUGGACAAAAACACUAGCAGAACUAUUUAUGAUCCUGUACAUGCAGCGCCAACCACUUCUACACGUGUGUUUUACAUCAGUGUAGGGGUUUGCUGUGCAGUAAUAUUUCUUGUAGCAAUAAUAUUAGCUGUUUUGCACCUUCAUAGUAUGAAAAGGAUUGAACUGGAUGACAGCAUUAGUGCCAGCAGUAGUUCUCAAGGCCUGUCUCAGCCAUCAACCCAGACGACUCAGUAUCUGAGAGCCGACACGCCGAACAACGCAACUCCCAUCACCAGUUAUCCUACCUUGCGGAUCGAGAAGAACGACUUGAGAAGUGUCACUCUUUUGGAGGCCAAAGCCAAGGUGAAGGACAUAGCAAUAUCCAGGGAGAGGAUAACCCUGAAAGAUGUUCUCCAAGAAGGUACCUUUGGACGUAUUUUACAUGGGAUUUUAAUAGAUGAGAAAGAUCCAAAUAAGGAAAAACAAGCAUUCGUGAAAACCGUUAAAGAUCAAGCUUCUGAAAUUCAGGUGACAAUGAUGCUCACUGAAAGUUGUAAGCUACGAGGUCUUCACCACAGAAAUCUUCUUCCUAUCACACAUGUGUGUAUAGAAGAAGGAGAAAAGCCCAUGGUGAUACUGCCUUACAUGAAUUGGGGGAAUCUUAAAUUGUUCUUACGCCAGUGCAAAUUGGUAGAGGCCAAUAAUCCGCAGGCAAUUUCUCAACAAGACCUGGUACACAUGGCCAUUCAGAUCGCCUGUGGAAUGAGCUAUCUGGCUCGAAGGGAAGUCAUCCACAAAGAUCUGGCUGCUAGGAAUUGUGUCAUUGAUGAUACACUGCAAGUUAAGAUCACAGACAAUGCCCUCUCCAGAGACUUGUUCCCCAUGGACUAUCACUGUCUAGGGGACAAUGAAAACAGGCCAGUUCGUUGGAUGGCUCUUGAAAGUCUAGUCAACAAUGAGUUCUCCAGCGCUAGCGAUGUGUGGGCCUUCGGAGUGACACUGUGGGAACUCAUGACGCUGGGCCAAACACCAUACGUGGACAUCGACCCCUUUGAGAUGGCAGCAUACCUGAAAGACGGCUACCGAAUAGCUCAGCCAAUCAAUUGUCCUGAUGAACUAUUUGCUGUGAUGGCCUGUUGCUGGGCCUUAGAUCCAGAGGAAAGGCCCAAGUUCCAGCAGCUAGUCCAGUGUCUCACAGAAUUCCACGCAGCCCUGGGAGCCUACGUCUGACUCUCCUCUCACAGAUUUCCACCAGCAGGAGGAAAAUGCCUGUCGGAGGUCAUUUGAAGCUUGUCAGGGACACUUCGUAUAUAUCACAAUGCCAGCAGAAGCUCACUUGUCUUCCAGAACACCGUGCCUUAGGAAUGCUUUAGAAUCUGAACUUUUUAAUACAGACUUAAUGUGGAAUAUUUUCUAGAUAUCACUUUUAUUAGGUUAAACUGAAAAGGUUUUUUGUAAUUUU